UGUUGACAGCCCGGUCGCGUUGGACAUCGUGGAUCGGAAGCCCUUCAUGCUAACGGUGCUUUAGAAAGUGCCCCUCCUCGAAGCGUUACAAGUAUACUCGAUUCGACUUCAGCCAAUGGUUCUCACCUGUCAGUUCCGUCCACAGCCAUGCUGCCACCGGCAAGCACCAUGACCUUUGACAUAUUGGAGCAGCAUACCAUGGGCGAGCCGAGCAUAAGUCUCAAGCGAAAGCUCUCCUUCGGCGGCAUGGGCACAACAGCUGCUCAGGCUUGGCCAUGCGACGCCUCGCAGCGUCAGCGUCAGCACCAGUACCAGGAUCAACACGGGCUGCAAGCACAGCAGGGCUGCGAGGCGAUAGCUGCCUCAAUCACGGGCUCAGGCGCAACGCGGCCAGCGGCAGGAGCAUCAGCUGCUUCGACCCGGAGCAAAAAGUCUGCAGAAGUGGUCAAGUUAGCAGAUUGGUUCGCAAAAAUGGUCUGCUAUAUUUGGUUUGCACCUUGCAUGCCCAGUGUCAUCCCGAAGCCUGUCACACCAGCUCACAGUCCGCUGGCUAGCUACGCCCCGCUGCAUCCUGCGCCGUCCACGCCAUCGCUCAGUCCAACGUUCCCGACCGGACAGAAGAAUUCACCUAACCGUCAUUUCGCUCCUAAUGGCAGCAUGAGCGUCCAAUUCGUAGCGGAGCUCAAGAGGCGUGAUCUGCAGCCGGAAGGCCAAGCUCCUCCGCGCGCUUUCACCGGCUCACCGAGUUCGCAUUCGCCGCUUGUACGCUCUGCUAUGAUCCGGCUCAAACCGCAAGCCAGCUUCAUUUCGUUCGCAAGAGAGGUGCUUAACACAACGCAGCUCUCCAUGUCUGUUGUCCUUUGUGCACUCCUCUACAUUUACCGUUUCAAGUCCAUGCAUCCACAUGUCAAAGGGCGAGAAGGAUCUGAGUAUCGCUUGGCGAUUGUGGGGCUGAUGCUGGCCAAUAAGUUCCUGGAUGACAACACAUACACCAACAAGACUUGGUCAGAAAUCUCAAACAUGAGACUUAAUGAUAUCACGAGGAUGGAGAUUGAGUUCUGGAGUGGUCUUGGCAUGAGCAUUCACGUCACCGAGCAAGAGUUUAUGGCUUGGACAAAGUGGCUCGAAGUCAUCACCGAGCAGAGGACGCAAUCGUUAGCGAGGAGAGAAAAAGAGACUAUGGCAACGAGUAGCCGAACGUCGACAUCAGCAUCGGCAUGGAUGGGAAUCACACGAUCGCCGUCAUUGCAGCCACGCGUAGGGGCGUUCGACCUGUCCCUCGCAGGAACGCAGCCUGCACACUUUAGCAAAACUUCCUCGCCGCUGCGAAGCAUGGCGCCGCCUUUUGCAUCUGCCCAUUCCUCUCCGCUACGGGCGUUCUCCAACAGUUACCGACCCCCACUUUUUGCGUUCGAUCUGCAUUUACCUAACGGUCUACCGCCGCUUCCUUCUGUCGCACCUGUCACAUCACCUCGAUCUGCUAUUGGCCGGGAUACCACCAUCGGUGCGACCAGCGAGCUCAGCAGCGUCACGAGCAGCAGGUUCUGGUCCGAUGCGGUCUCCCCCGGCGCGAGCUCACACACAUCUGCACCAAAUGGAGCUCUGCGGAUCUCCAUCUCGCCGCCCUCUGCGCGACUCGAUGACAGCUCGCGCCACGCAGCUUCAGCCGCGCAGGCUUGGUCAGCAAGCAGGCGCCGUUCGGCAUCGAGCUGGUGUGACGGAUCAGGGUCUUUUAUGCCACCACCUUUGCACAGCGCUUCUUGGGCGCCUGUGACCGCAUCAGCACCUGGUAGCAGCCAUGGGCUCGCAGGCAACAAACGCACUUUCGGCUCGCUGGAGAGUGAUACCAGCAGCUCGCAGGGGUCCGCUUUGUCCCCUACUUGGAACGUAUCGCAGACGAAGCGCGUUGCAGCUUCGGCAGACAACGCUCAACGCCCGUAUUAUUCGCUGGCUGCGCCGCUUUCAAAUGACCACCAACAGCAACAGCAGCAACACGGCCGUGCCAUGCGUGCGGCUCCGGCUCACAACUACAACCUGCGAAGUAUGCGGCGAUCAACUAUGCGUCAAAUGUCACCGCUCGCUCACGCCGGCGGCUCUUCGUUGUUCACUGGCCCAUCCGCACACCCUCGAACUGUAGCAGCCAACAGCGGCCAUUCGAGCGCCGGGACUUCUCUCUUCACCUUCACUGGCGAUACGGCACGGGAAGGCUCGUUGGUACCGGCAGAUGCAGCAACAGCAGCAGCAGCAGCGGCAGCGGCGAUGAACCACUAUCAUUCGCUCUUUGCACAACAUGAUUCACAGACACCCAACAUGCUCGUGGCUCCAUUCCAGGCGAGAGAAGUUCGCGAGCCGAGGGCACUGACGUACUACCAGCUCGCGUCCGGAGUGGCGCAAGGCAUCCCGUCGUACCACCUGCCAAACAAUAGCUAUGCGCAGGCGCCAACCUGGAAUCCUGCUCCCUCGGCUGUGCCGACCUCGUGGGCAGGUCAACUUGUCGCGACCGGUCAAGCGCAAGAGCAAGUGUUGCAGCAGCAGGCAUCUGCCGACUUUCCCCUUGCCAGUCCGGUGAAGUCAUACAUUUGCAACCAACAAGCGCAGCCAAGCAUGCAACCGCGGAUGCUUGAUGUGGCCAGCUGCGCUCCGACAUCGUGGGACAUCUCGGAAAUAGGCGCGUGGCAACAAGAGCCAUUCAACAAUGCACAAGAACACGUCGAUCACUGGCCUCUUCAGCUUCCCGCCGCAUUCGUCCGGCGCUCACCCUCCCAACUUCUCUAGCCCCAAGUUACCACAGCAGGCUCCCUCAACCUGCAUGCGGGGCCCCCGUCGCCCCUCUGGACAGGUAUCCUCCACAAUUCUCUUUAAUCAAGCAUCGAGUUCGCAGCAUUCACACGUUCAAGGACCUGAUCACUAGCAGCAUUUUUUGCAAACACACUCACGACCCUUCAGAACAGCAAAUUGUACAACAAGCAGCGUUACAAAGAGCAUU